AUGUCAAUUGCAACUCAAGAAUCUGCUAUUGGUUUUCUUAAUUCCAUUCCUGUGCUAAAAGGCAAUACCUAUGCGUCAUGGAGAAGCAAGGUAUUGAUUGGUUUGGGGAUUGCAAAUUUAGACUAUGCACUUCGGACGGAGCAACCCGCCCCUCUUACUGAUGAAAGUUCCGAUGAGGAUAAACGGACUUUUGAGAGGUGGGAACACUCCAAUCGCAUGAGUCUUAUGAUUAUGCAACAUGCCAUCCCUGAAAACUUUCGCGGUACUGUCCCGAAAGAAGCAACUGCUAAGGAAUUCCUCGAGGCAAUUGAUAUGAAUUUUGCAAGCAAUGAAAAGGCCGAAACGGCUUCAUUGAUGCAUAAACUUGUGACUAUGAGGUAUAAUGGCCGAGGGGAAAUUAGGGAGCACAUUAUGGAAAUGUCAAACACUGCUUCAAAGCUUACGGCACUUAAUUUGACGAUCAGUGAUAUCAACUAG